AUGGCGGACCUCGCUAGCCGAAUCACGAAGCCUGAGGAUAGCGCUGCUGAUGCCUCGUUGGCACCACCUGAGCCUGAGACUGGACUCAAUGAGUCCACCUACGAAGUUGAGGUGAAGCUGAGCGAGCUUCAGAAUGAUACCAAUAGCCCCCUCUACUCUGCUGCCACCUUCGAGCAGCUCGGUCUCCACGAUAGCAUCCUGCAGGGUCUCCUUGCCAUGAAUUUCAAGAAGCCGUCCAAGGUACAGGAGAAAGCACUGCCUCUGCUACUCGCCGACCCUCCCCGCAACAUGAUCGCACAGUCGCAGUCAGGUACCGGCAAGACUGCCGCCUUCGUCAUCACCGUGCUCUCCCGCAUCGACUACAGCACCCCACACCAGCCACAGGCUCUGGUUCUCGCUCCCACUCGAGAGCUGGCUCGCCAGAUCCAGGGCGUCAUCAGGCAGAUUGGACAGUUCCGCGAGGAAUUGAUUGUUGAGGCUGCAGUCCCCGGUGCUAUCUCCAGAGAGACUGGUGUUAGAGGCACAGUCGUGUGUGGCACCCCGGGAACGGUUAUGGAUCUUAUUCGACGUCGCCAAUUCGAUGUGUCCAAGUUGAAGCUUCUCGUUAUUGACGAGGCCGACAAUAUGUUGGACCAGCAAGGAAUGGGCGAGCAUAUGCUCCCGAAGACAAUUCAGAUCCUGUUAUUUUCUGCUACCUUCCCCGAACAUGUCAACAAAUACGCGGAGAAGUUUGCACCCGAUGCGAAUGCCAUGAAACUACGUCAGCAGGAGCUCACAGUGAAGGGAAUUGCUCAGAUGUACAUGGAUUGCCCCAAGUCUGAGGACAAGUAUGAUAUUCUAGUGAAAUUAUACGGACUCAUGACUGUCGGGUCAUCUGUCAUCUUCGUCAAGACCCGAGAGAGCGCAUCUAUUAUUGAGCAGAAGAUGGUUGCAGAUGGACACAAAGUCACAGCUCUACACGGUGCCUUCGAGGGCGCCCAGCGAGACCAGCUCCUAGAUGACUUCCGCUCUGGACGAAGCAAGGUUCUCAUCACUACCAACGUCCUGGCACGUGGCAUUGAUGUGUCCAGUGUGUCCAUGGUCAUCAACUACGACAUCCCGAUGAAGGGCCCUGGAGACGCCGAGCCGGACCCGGAGACUUACCUACACCGUAUCGGUCGUACAGGCCGUUUUGGUCGUGUGGGGGUUAGUAUCAGCUUCGUAUCCGAUCGGAAGAGUUACCAAGCACUCUCUUGGAUUGCACAGCAUUAUGGCAUUGAUCUCGUGCAGCUCAGCCCAGAUGACUGGGACCGCACAGAGAAGAAGGUCCAGGAGAUUAUCAAGUCCAGCCGUGCCAAGCCCGACUAUGUGCCCAGUGCCGUCCCAGGCGAGAGCGCUCCUGCAUCUUAG